UUUGUUUAAGGAUUCUGUUUUGUUUCAUUUGAAGGAUCUAUUAUAUUUUUCCCUUUUUUCUGUUGGUUUUCAUUGAUAUAUUUGUUUUAAUUACUAUUUUUGGAGGGGCUUUUUGAAUAAGAAAGUGGACUAAGGAUCACAAUUCAAGCUGUGUAUGUGCAUGCAUGCAUUUGGUCAGGGUGUCAUAGAUUUUAGACUUCAGAAGCAUGCACCAAAAACCAGAUGGUACAAACCAUCCGGAACCCAAUGCAAAUAACAAUAAACCGCAAAUGGUUCAGGUUCAACCUUGUUGGUGCAGCACACGGCAGGAUUCCUUCUUAACGGGUGUUUUAGGAGAAGGCAGGACAAGCUUAUCUCUGGCCAAACACUCAAAUGGCGGUUUAGGGACAAAAACAAGUGAAUCUCCAAGCACAAUUAGGACUGAUGAUAAGCUUUGUUCUAGUAAAGAAAUGCCCUUAACUAUAUUUCCACAUCCAGAUGGGAAAUGUGGAGAUGAACAGCCAUAUUUACAACAUGCUAUACCCAUCAUACGUCCGACAAUGGGUGAAUAUGUACCACCAGAACCCCAGCUGGAGCUCGUUGGCCACUCGAUUGCAUGUCCGUCCUAUCCAUACACGGAUCCAUAUUAUGGGGGAGUGGUGCCUCCUUAUGUACCUCAAUCUUUGGUACAUUCUCAUAGUCUUGGAGUGCAUCCUGCUAGAAUGGCUUUGCCUCUUGAAAUGGCUGAGGAACCAGUUUAUGUGAAUGCUAAGCAAUACCAUGGUAUUUUGAGGCGAAGGCAGUCACGUGCAAAAGCUGAGCUGGAAAAGAAACUGAUCAAAGUCAGAAAGCCCUAUCUUCAUGAGUCUCGACAUUUACAUGCUAUGAGAAGAGCAAGAGGAUGUGGAGGGCGGUUCUUAAACACGAAGAAGCUUGAUAGUGAUGCUUCUAAAGCCACGCCUAACAAAAGCAGUGACACUAGUUUGAAUCUUCCAUCACAAUGUCCCGAAAAUACGAGUGGCAUCUCAGUUACCAAUCAGAUGUCCCAGAAUGACAAUUCAUCUGUUGGUCAUCGAGCAGCAGCAGAAUCUGAACUUCAGGGAACAAAUAUGCAGCAAGCAUUCUCCAAUGGCAAUGGCAGUGGCUACUAUUCCCAUCAUCAAGGGUUUCGUUUCUCUACCUCUCGUUCACUUUCCAAUGACAUGUUGGAAGGAGGAGACUGUCCGAGGCAACAGUAUGAGAGAAUCAUGGCAAAUGGGGUGCCUCACAGGGCCCUGACAAUCAAAUGAACCUUCCUAAGGGGUGAAGUAUCUCUCUUAUCAUUGCGUUUAACCCAAAAUCUUAUUUAUUAACGUAAGUGUUUAUUCGUGUAGUGGAUUUUCUUAUCAUGAGCCCCCAUUGUUUCACCAUUCCAUGCUUCCGCGAAAUGGACGCACUCGCGUUUCAUGUCUUACAACUAUGUUGACAGGCAAAUCAUUCUUGGCUUUGGCUUUUUAAUUGGUACUUUAGGUCUCUUAUAUAUCCCUUUUCUUUAUAAUGUACGAAAAGAAUAUCUGCAUUGUGUGAAAUGAAUUUGAAGUCAAAUCUGACCUUAACUAUUACAAUGGUGGAUGAUAUUUUGUAAUGACUUUACAAUGUUUUUUCUUGCAUGAUAUUGCCAUUUUGUUUC